AUGGGAGGUGGAGAGAGAGGACGAGACAUGAGAAAGCAAGCUCAAAAAUGGAAAAAUCUGGCUAAGGAAGCAGUUAAAGAAGAUGCACUGGUUUUAAGCAACAUCGGCAUAAACUAUGGUCGACUGGGAAAUAAUUUGCCAUCUCCUUAUGAAACAAUCGAAUUCCUGAAAUCCAUGAAUGCUGGUCGAGUGAAGAUCUAUGAUGCCAGCCCUGAAGUUCUAAAACUUCUAUCAGGCACAAGGCUUCGUGUCUCAAUAAUGGUGACAAAUGACCAAAUUUCCGAUAUUGCUUCAAACCUAACAAUAGCUGAUCAAUGGGUGCUUGAUAAUGUUCUUGCAUAUUAUCCCAACACCAAAAUCCGAUCCAUUCUUGUUGGGAAUGAAGUUCUUAGUUAUGAUAAUCAGAAAAUGUGGGCUGAUCUUGUACCAGCUAUGCAGAAAAUCAAGAAAUCCUUAGUUUCACAUAACAUUCAUAACAUCAAAGUUGGGACGCCCUUGGCUAUAGAUGUAGUGGAAUCAAUAUUCCCUCCUUCAAGUGGGAAAUUUAAGGACGAAAUUUCGGACAAGGUUAUGAUCCCAUUGCUGAAAUUCUUGAAUGGGACAAAAUCAUAUUUUUUUCUUGAUGUGUAUCCUUAUUUUUCGUGGUCUGAGAAUCCAACAAACAUCAGCCUGGAUUUUGCAUUGUUUAAGGAUGCAAAUCAGAUGUACAACGAUACAGGAAGUGGAUUGGUUUACACGAAUUUCCUUGAUCAGAUGCUUGAUUCUGUUGUUUUCGCUAUGCGAAAACUUGGGUUUGAAAACAUCAGGAUUGGGAUAUCAGAAACGGGUUGGCCUAAUGGAGGUGACAUGGAUCAAACUGGCGCAAAUAUAUACAAUGCUGCAACAUAUAACAGAAAUUUAGUCCGAAAAAUGACUGCUUCUCCAGCAAUUGGGACACCAGCUCGACCUGGCGUUGUGAUCCCAACCUUCUUGUUCUCCUUAUAUGAUGAGAACCAGAAAUUCGGGCCGGGAACAGAAAGGCACUGGGGAUUGUUAAAUCCAAAUGGGACUCCAAUUUAUGAGCUGGACUUGACUGGAGUCCGGCCAGAGAAUGAUUAUCCCCAGCUGCAGGAGCCGUUGAAUAACGAACCAUUUAAAGGGAAGUUGUGGUGUGUGGUGGCGACUCAAGUCGAUACAGUGGAGUUGGGGCCGGCAUUGGAUUUUGCGUGCAGGCUGGGGAAUGGAACUUGUGAUGAACUUGCCCCGCUGAGGAGUUGCUAUCAACCGGUAUCAGAGGUUGCACAUGCAAGCUAUGCAUUCAGCUCAUAUUGGGCUAAGUUUCGGGACAGUGGUGCUUCCUGCUACUUCAAUGGCCUUGCUGUUCAAACCACCUCCGACCCAAGUCAUGGAUCUUGUGAAUUCCCAAGCGUGACACUCUGA